AUGAUAAAUUUAUUAAAAGAAAAUGGUUAUUAUAAAGAGGAAAAAGAAGACCCGAAUGGUCAUAACAAAAAUGAUAACAAAAAUGAUCUAAAUAUUGGGAACAUUAACAUGGUACCAACAUCAUUUCUAUUAUAUUUUUUAACUAUACAAAAUGAAUUAAUGAAUUCAAAAAUAAUUCCAUAUAAAAAAUAUUCUAAAGAAUUAUCAAUGGUGGCAACAAUAAAUUGGAGGAAAGCAGAUAAAGAAUUUAGACAGGCAUUUAGUCGAAUGACCAUAGAAUUGAAUCGUGAUGAAAGAUUUUUACAAAAAUGA